AUGUGCAGAAGGGGAGUCCUCGGCAGCCCACUGCCCCGCUGCCCCAGAGGGAGCCAGCAUCCGGAGUUCAAGCGCCUUGCAGCUGCCAGCUCAGUGCAGUCAGGCUCCAGGUCUCAGAGCUCUGCGGACGAGAAUCUGCUGCCCCUGACAGCCCGGCUGCUGGCGGCCUUCCAGGAGAUCUUCAAACUGUUCAGCUCCGGCCCGACAGGCACUGUGGACAUGCGCAGCAUGAAAGCCGCCCUGCGCAAUGUGGGCAUCCAGCUGAGCCCACAGGAGAUGUGUGAGGCUCUGCAGCAGGCAGACUUGGAUGGUGAUGGAACUGUAAGCUUCAAAGACUUCCUGGGUGUCCUUACUGACAGCCACCGCCUGGCUCAGUGCCUGGGCCAGGUGAGGAACAGCCGGUUCUGUGACCCCCAGGGCCUGCAAACCCUGUUCUUAGAGAUGCUGUUCAAGUUGAUGAGCCAAGGCUUCUUGCCCUGCAAGGUGGUGCAGGAAGUGAUGAGCUACUACACCAAGAAGCAGCGGGCUCUGCGGCUGAACCCGGGCUGGAGGGGCCGCCCCCGCGGCCACACUGUCACCGUGCGCACUCACGCCGGCCUCACCUUCUUCUGCCAGGCCGCGCGCCUCAGCGGCCUCUCCGGCGCCGAGCUGGAGCGCUCGCUGCACAGACUGCACAAAGCGGGUCCGCGCAGCCCCUACUCUCAGAUACCUAACUUGGCGGGGCGGACGCCCCCAGAAGACCGGAUGCGGCCCCGAGCCCCGCGCCCCGACGUCCGACUUCCCAAGUCCUGCCAC